GCUUUUUAAAGGUUUAUUUUUAAAUUUUUUAAAAACUUAAUUUUUAUGUGUUUGAGUGCUUUGCUGCAUAUAUGUGUGUACAACUCAUACAUGCCUGCUGCCCUUCGAGCUACCAGAAGGAAUUUGAUCCUUGGAAAUGCAUUUACAGAGUACAGUUGUGAGCCGUACUGAGAACUGAGCCCAGAUUCGAUCCUCCCUAUCUUAAUUUUUUAUAUGUAUGAGUAUAUUAUCUGUGUAUAUGUAUGUGUAUCCUGUAUCUGGUGCCCAUGGAGGUCAGAAGGGGGUGUCAUAUCCCCAAGAACAGACAGUUGUUUACCAUCAUAUGGGUGCUGGGAAUCAAACCUGGGGCUCCAGCAAGAGCAGCCAGUGCUCUAACCACGGAGCCAUCUCACCACCUACCCUCCCUUUAGAGACAAGAUUUUAUUUUGUCACUGGCCCCAGAUGUGCUAUGUCACCUAGACUGACUUCAAACUUGAGAUCUCCUUGCUUUAGCCACUUGAGCACCUUCUGGGCCUGAGCUACCACUCUGCUCCAUAUUUGUGUGCAAUAGUGCUCUGCUUUAGAUUUCUAAAAAUUAACCACUGAAAAGGAUAUAGAAACUAUCCUAACUUGUGGAUUAAAUAGACAAGAAGCUAGAUUUGGUCCAAACCGGCUGUGUUGGCAGUGCCGACCUCCAGAUUCAGGCCUAAGUGAUCCCAGGUUUGAAAAGCGCUCCUGUGCGUGGUGCCAUAACCUGUAUGAAAGCAGUGCUCAGACGUCUCCCAGCUCCAAUUAAGACAAAUGAAGAGUAAUGUGAAUGUGCUUUAAACCCUUCAAAGCACGAUGGAAUGCUAAGUAUUAUUAUUGUCGCUGCUGCUAGUCCAUCAUUAACAGCUCCUUUCUUACGGCUACCCUAAUUUACCCACGUGUGCUAGGCUUUCUUUCUUUUUUUUUUUUAUUCCCUGUACUGUGUGGGAUGUAGUACAGACACCGCCGCUCUCGGAAUGGAAUCUGAUUCUCCACCUUUGGGCUGAGUGCCAUCCAAAUUGCCUUAGCUUUGCUCCUAAUUUUGAUUUUCUAAAUGAUUUCAUCAUCUUUGUCGUCCGAGCUUCUCUCUAGAUCCUUCUAGACACGCUGGCGUAAUACCGUAAGAUAAACGAUAGAAAUGAAUGUAUUUAAUGUCAUCUGAUGAUGAUUUGAAAAACCGCAGAAACCUUUCCGAGCCAGCGGUGGGGGGAGGUUGCCCAGUUCUCCUGUUCUGCUUCCUGUGAAAGCGCGUAUGAAACACGGGUGGGCUAAGGUUAUUUGCAUAUAUUCUGGGAACAGACAAUGACUUGUGUCGGAUCAUAAGGCCUGAGUCUUUUGUGAUGUGUACAGCCGGGAUGCUGGUACCAAUAGAAAAGCCAGGCUCUGAGACCGGCUCUUUCCUGCCCCGCCUUCUCCCUUUGAGUUCUACUAUCCAGCUCCUGACCCCGGCUGCCCCUGCUUCACUGACAAUAUCAGACAAGAUCACAGCCGUAGGCAGUACAGCUGCUGGCAGAACCUGGUGGCCCCCUCCGCAGCUGCUGCUUCCUGUGCCUGCGAAGUGUCUGGCUUGUCAGCCACAUCCCCUCCCUGGAGCAAUCUUUGUUAACCAAUUCCACCUCGGCCCACUGAGCAGAAGAUGAAAUACAGAGAAGCCGUUCCCAAACCUACAAAGACAGCAGCCAUUACGGGGGCCCUUCCCCAAGGUGAUGCUGAGAGCUGGCACUUUGAACUGGAGCAAAGACAAAGACAGCCAGAGCCCCCGAGCUGGGAAAUGGAAGGUUCAGGGAGAGUUGUCUACCCCCCCCCCUCCCUGUUCUCCUCUCCCCGCUGACCGCUAGCCCUACUUUAGUAACGGCUGGAGAUUCCUGAUUAAUCACCAGCUCCUGUGGCAUGGGACACAGAGGGGUCAACCGUCCAGAGGGUUCUUCAACAGCCUCUUCUCAGUGCUGGCGCGAAGUGGGCCGUGAGGAAGGUGUAGUCCAUACCAAGGGCUUCCUAUUAAGGUGACGGGCAUUCUGGGAGGUGGGAGUUGCAAACUUGCUAGGGUUCCCUGGUAACUCUAGGGUCUCAGUGCCUCUCUAGACUCACCCUGACUAUUUAUUUCUUAGUUUUCCCCCUCUCUGUAGAGAGACUUUUGUCCCUUUCACCUUUUUUCUUAAACUUUGUAGCUUGGGUGUGAGCUUAAAAAAAAAAAAAAAAAAAAAAGGAGGAGGGGGUCCCUAAGCACAGGCGUAAGAAAUUGAUGCAGAAUCAGUAGUCUAUUUAUUGGGCUCCAGGAAAAACCAUUAAGAAAAUAAGCAUUUAAAUGAUUUUCAAUCUGCCUGUGGAAGUCAUCUGUCUUCAUACUGGGGGAAAGGCCCGGUUUCUGAUCCUGGUUUUGAUUGACUGAUUUCCAAUUCCCUGAGCAUUUCCCACAGGAGCCCCUCACCUAUCUCCCAUAAUGACAGGCCUUUGCAUUUCCAGGCAGUGUUUUACAUUUAUUUCCGAUUUGCUCAUAAUGGUCAAAAAAAAAAAAAAAUCUCUCUCCAAUCCAAGGCAUUUCUCCAACGGUGCACGGUUUCCCUCAGGCCAAAUAGCUCAGCUGUGAUCCACGGAAAAUGAGAAUUUCCCAAACACAUCUUCGGACUUGGGGAGGGUCCGGCAUCACGGAUUCAGAUGGAAAAUUUCCCACUGUUAGAUCAAUAUCUGGGCUAAGGAAUAAAUGCCACAGGGGCAGAGAGCUGGAGCAAAAUGAUUACAAUCGGAGCAAUUACAUUCGGCGGAAUCAGCUCGGUGAUUACUCCUCGGGCUGGGGAGCUCUGCCUUCAUCCACCACAGGACGGCUUGGGAAUUAGAACAUCACUCAGCAUUUCAUAAUUCGACAGAUUUCCCCGUUGUCUUGGCACAAGUUCAUUUCCCCCACACAAUACGUCUCUGUAAAUGGAGUUCUAUUCAAGGAAAGAAGGAAGGCCAGGCGGAAGGAGGAAGGCGAAGUAAGCCAGGGUACAGGAGAGACCAAGGCUGUGAUAUUGCAUGCAGAGCUUAAGAGACACUCUGGGAUCUUUCUCUGGACCGGAGAGCUGACAUGUGACUGCUUAGAAGAGCUGUAAGCCAUGUCUUUCCCACAAUUCCACUUAGCCUGGAGCCCAGCAGGUAAAAAGGUUCAAGGGCACCUGAGUACAUGCAGCAUCUACCUGAAAUCCAACACUUGGCAGACGGUGGCUGGAAGACCUCGAGGUUGAGGCCAGUCUAGGAUGCAUAGCGGACUGAACUCUUGUUUCUGGGAAUGAAGGAAAAUCCAGGAUUAAAGACAAUCCAGGCCACUCUGUCUAGGCAGGGGAUUGACCACGAGUGCCUUUCAUCAGUGCAUUUAAAGCAACGCUUUCCAAACAUUCGGUUCACCAAGGGAGAAGUAGGGCUCUUAGACAAGACUGGAGGUGUUCUCUAUGCAGACAAGGCCCUCAGAGCCCUCCAGCAUGUAAUUCGUCAGCUAGGAGGCAUGGUGUGUGAUGGAGAGAAGGUAGUGGAGAUAAGACCUGGUCUACCUGUCACAGUGAAAACCACCUUGAAGAGCUACCAAGCCAACAGCUUGGUCAUCACUGCUGGUCCCUGGACCAACCGGAUUCUUCGUCCCCUGGGAAUUGAGUUGCCUCUCCAGACCCUUCGGAUCAAUGUGUGUUACUGGCGAGAGAAGGUCCCUGGGAGCUAUAGUGUGUCACAAGCUUUCCCAUGCAUCCUGAGUCUGGAUCUGGCCCCCCACCACAUCUACGGACUGCCAGCCUCAGAGUACCCAGGGCUGAUGAAGGUGUGCUAUCACCAUGGUGACAGUGUGGACCCAGAGGAGCGGGACUGCCCCAAAACCUUCUCAGACAUCCAAGACGUUCAGAUUCUAUGCCACUUUGUCAAAGAUCAUUUACCAGGCCUGAGGCCAGAGCCAGACAUCAUGGAACGCUGCAUGUACACGAAUACUCCCGAUGAGCACUUUAUUCUUGACUGCCACCCAAAGUAUGACAACAUUGUCAUCGGUGCUGGAUUCUCUGGUCAUGGAUUCAAGUUGGCCCCUGCUGUGGGGAAGGUCCUCUAUGAGCUAAGCAUGAAAUUACCACCAUCCUAUGACUUGGCUCCAUUUCGAAUAAGCCGCUUCUCUAAGCUGAGCAAAGCCCACCUUUGACCCCAGCUGACUGUCUCCUGGGCAGGAAAGCCCUCCUAGGGAAGACUUCUAAGAGAAGGAUGUCACCUUGAGUUUCUUUUCCUCCUGUUUCAGUGGGAUCUCCCGUAAACACCAAAUGAUUGAACCUCUUUCCCCAAUCAGCUUCCCAAGUCUAUCUCAUUUCUUCUUCCCAGAAAGUCAGCGAGACUCAGAGACUCACCAUCACAGAACAGCAAGGAGCUUUAAGAUGGAUGUCCCAAUGGGGAGGGGCUCGAGACGGCUCAGUAGACUAAGGGACUCCUUUAAAUUUCUCUUUGCUGGGACACUGGAUAAAUGUGAGAUAGCCUUGACUAAAUCUGCUCAGGGGAAUGUAAAAAAGGUAUCUUUUAUAAACCACUAGUGCCUUUGGGGUUUCUUUGCCAAAAUCUUGAGCCAGCCUCUACCACUAAGUCUCAUAAAGUCUCACCUCUAAUAAAUAAACAUUUGCCAGGAAAAUAAAAGGUUGCUGAAAACAAUAAACAAAAAUCUGGAUUA